AUGAGGUUCACAACCUCCAUCCUACCUACACUAUCACUACUACUACUACAAACCACCAAAGCAAUCGAUCUAGACAUCGACUCCUUCCCCUCGAUAAAAGAAGCAGCAGCACAGGUAGCUAAAGACCUCGCAAGCGAAUUUUGGGAUCCUACAUCGUAUUCUGGGGUCCCCAAUGGGUUGGGACAAUAUGCUUGGUGGCAGCAUGGUGCGAUUUUGGGGGCUUAUGUCGAUUAUUGGCACUUGACUGGGGAUGAUACGUAUAACAGCAAUGUUACUGUCGGCUGGUUGAAAGGAGUAUCACCGAGUUUGGAUCUAUUACCUAAAGAGCAUGCCUUUGAUAUAGGAAACGACGAUCAGGGGUUUUGGUCAAUAAUGAGUAUGGAUGCUGUCGAGAGGGUGUUUCCCGAAACAGAUGAGCAGAAGAAGAUGGGAGCUGGGUUUUUGGAGAUUACACAAACGGUCCAUAAUACACAAGACGCGAGAUGGGAUAAUACAACCUGCGGCGGAGGUCUACGCUGGCAGAUCGUUACUAUCAAAGGUGGAUAUUUUUACAAAAACACCAUUUCGAACGGUUUAUACUUCCAACAAAGCGCCCGACUGGCCAAAUACACCGGAAACACCAGCUAUGCAGACGCAGCCGAAAUGUCAUACAAAUGGAUGCGAGAAUCAAAUCUUAUCCAAGAUGACUAUUGGAUCAAUGACGGACUCGAUGUAAACGAAUGUACCAAACUUACGACGAAAAGGUGGACGUAUAAUUAUGGAACCAUCAUGGCUGGGUGUGCUGCGAUGUAUAAUUUUACAACGGGGAGUAAGAGGGCUUAUUGGAAACAAGAACUUGAUAACGUCUUAAACUCAACAUACGCAACUUUCAUCGACGCCGAAACAGGAGCACUCAAGGAGAUUCAAUGUCAAGAAAGUAAGACUUGUGAUAUGGAUCAACGUAGUUUUAAAGCUUAUCUCGUCAGAUGGAUGGGAUACACCGCCCAAGUAGCCCCAUACACCUACGACACCAUCAUGAUGCACCUCCGCAAAAACGCCGCACUAGCAGCCGCAACCUGCAUCGGCGAACCCCGCGGGACAGCCUGCGGUCAAAAAUGGAACGUCGGCGCACAAUGGGACGGCUAUCACGGUCUAGGCGAACAAAUCAACGCCAUGGAAGUAAUCCAAAACAUCAUCCCCUACGUCCGACCGAACAUCGGUCUUAUAUUUAACAGUAACAACGGAGGGACAUCGAGAUCAAACCCUGGCGGGAAAGGAAAUACGAAAACGAUGAGGAAUUGGAGGUUGAUUUUGGCGGCGGAGUAUGCGAAGCAUGCGUUGAGGAACUAUGAGAUUAAGGCGGCGGAUAGGUUUGGAGGUGCGAUACUUACGUUGUUGACUUUGGGGCUUUUGGCGGGGAUGGUGGUGUUUGUUGUUACUGAGCCUGAGGUGGAGGAGAAGAGUGAGGAGAAGAAGAGUGAGGAGAGGCCUCAGCCUAGGUCUGUCGUGGAGUGA